AUGUCUCAAAUAAUUAAACUUACUCCCGCCUCUGUUCCAGUUGAUAUCUUUAUAGAGAUAUGUAGUUACCUUAAUCCCACGGAUCUCAUUUCACUUAUGGGGGUUUGUAAUCAAAUUAGGAAUUGGUUAAGUUCUACCACAUCUUCUAGUACUCAAGAUAUUUGGAGAACUUCGAGAUUAAAAUUUUUACCAGAUUUACAAUUACCUCCUUUCUCAGAUAUGGAUGAACUAUCAUAUAUUAAAUUAGGUUUAAUUGAAAAUGGGUGUCAAUUUUGUGGAAGGAAGAAAGAUCCUUGUAAAGUUUUUUGGGUUUUUCGUGUGAGUCAUCGUGAUCUUCCAAGCGGUGCUAUAUUUCCUGUUGAUGUACCCAAUUGUUUACCAUAUAUGAAAAAAGGUUCGGAAUAUGAUUUCUCAAGAAUGUAUUGGCGUCAAGAUGUUAAUUCUACUUGUGAAGAACUUAAAGCCCUUUAUAAUAGUACUCCAGAAGAACAAGCUGAAUGGUUUAAAAAGAAAAGGGAAUCUGCAUAUAAAAUUAUGGAAGAUUGGCGAAAACGAAUAUCCGAUGAACGUCAUUGGUUAUUAUGUCGUAGAAGAGAAGAUAAAAAACAAUUUGAAAAAAUUAUUCAUGAAUUAAAAGAAGAACAACGUGAUGACGGAAGUCCCAAAUAUGUUGAUCGAUGGAUUUGGGAAUUACGAUCAUGUGGUGACGCUUUUCAACUCUCUCGUGAACCAUUUAUAAAUAAAAAUUGGAUAAAAUUAAAAAAUGCCAUGAUAGAUGAAUAUGAAGAAUUAAUGAAACAACAAAGACAACAACAAAUCUGUCAAUGUAUUUUAUCUUUAUUAUCAGCUUAUGGAAUGGAUUUAUCAACCAUUACUUUACAUCAAAGAAUUUUAGCAUCAACAGCUGGACUUACCGAAUUAGAAAUAUUGAAACAUCGAAUUUCUGUAUCUGAUUCAAUUAUUGAAUGUUUAAGGUGGUGCCCAUCUUAUCAAAAUCCACCAUUUAUUAAUAAUGAUCCAAGAAAUCCUUGGAAUAUUAAUUUUUUACUUAAUGAUUUAAUUCCUCAACUUCAUUUGGAAGCUGAAGAAUUAAGUAAAAAACCAGGUCCCAUAAGAUCAGGAUUAAUUACUACAGUUAUGGGAGCUAUUAAUCAAGGAUGUUCAAAAUGUGAAAUAUUUAGAUUUGUGAAAGUUUUGGUAGAAGAAAUGGUCUCUGUGAAUAGAGAAAGAGUUGUAGAUUGUGUACAAAUGAUAUUUCCUUUUGAUGGUAGUGCUUCUGAAUCUUUUCAACAUUUUCGUCAUUGGCAUGCUACUUGGUCUUAA